GGAUUGGCGAGGUGACUAACAAACGAAGGUAUCUGGACUGUAGGAUUUCUCAUCUAAAGUGGAGUUAAAGAUCUCAAACAACAACAUUUGGAUUGCUUCGUUUCCUUUGAUCUUCAUCAUGAAAUUUGCUGCUGUGGCUGUUUUGGCCACAUUACCUUUCAUCCUGGCUGUCUCUCCAGACCCUCAAGUACCUGCAAACCCAGGUGCCCUGAACAAGGGUAGUCUGACCGUAGACCAAGCCAAUCCAUGUAUUGAGGCAGACACUUGUGGCUCUUGUAUGGAGAAAGGCAAAGACUGUGCCUUCUGUACAGCUACGUUUUAUGACAAGGAAAAUCUGCCCCGCUGUGAUCUGAAGUCUAACCACAUCAAGAGGAAUUGUCAAGGAGAAGAUUUGUAUGCUCCAGACAGUGACCUCACACCUAUUAGGGAUGAUAAUGUGAGAAAUGGAGGAGAAAAUAUUGAUGUUGAACCAGCCAUUCAGAUUCAACCUCAGGAAUUAAGGCUGAAAAUUAGACCAAAUGACCCACAGAAGUUUAAAUUGACAUUCCGUCUGGCAGAGGAUUAUCCUGUGGACCUGUAUUACCUCAUGGACUUGUCAUACUCUAUGAAGGAUGACAAGGAACGACUUGCAUUACUUGGCACUGAUAUUGCGAACAAGAUGAAGGGUAUCACCAAGAACUUCCAGCUUGGCUUUGGUUCCUUUGUAGACAAAGUAGUGAUGCCAUACGUGAGCACUGCUCCCUCUAAACUCAGCAGUCCAUGUUCAGGUUGUGACCCUCCAUAUGGUUUUAAGAAUCAGCUCAAACUGGAUAAGGACACGGACAGAUUUGCAACUGAAGUACGAGCUGCGAAGGUCUCCGGUAAUCUAGAUGCUCCAGAAGGAGGGUUUGAUGCCAUCAUGCAGAGUCUUGUGUGUGAAGAGGAGAUUGGAUGGAGAGCAGCCUCACGACGUAUGUUACUCUUCUCUACUGAUGCCAACUUUCACUAUGCAGGGGAUGGAAAGCUAGGAGGCAUUGUCAAACCCAAUGAUGGCCAAUGUUACAUGACUUCAAAUGAAUACACCAAGAGCACUGAGCAGGAUUAUCCUUCAGUGAGUCAGAUUGCAGCUAACAUCAAAGAUAAGAACACCAACAUCAUCUUCGCCGUAACAAAGGAUCAAUUCCCGACAUAUAAACAGCUGGAGAAGUUUAUCGCGGGAUCAGUGACAGGAGAACUUGCCAAUGAUUCCUCCAAUAUUGUUACACUUGUUCAGCAAAAUUACGAUAAAAUAACUUCCAAACUGGAACUAACAACUGAGAAUGCAGAGGGACUGAAUAUCAAAUUCUUCACAAAAUGUACAGGAUGGUCCCAUGAUCAGAACCAGAACAGUGACAAAUGUAGCUUUAAGGGUACCCAUGUGUGUGGUAUGUGUGUGUGUAACCCGGGAUUCUAUGGACGUACUUGUAACUGUGAUGCUGGAAAUGCUACAUCAGAAGAGAUCCAGUCCCAGUGUAUCAAAAACAACACAAACCUGGUUUGUAGUAACCGUGGUGAGUGUGUUUGUGGGAAAUGUGAAUGUGCUGCCCGUAGUCAGAACUCAGCCCAGAGGUACAGCGGGGAACAUUGUGAAUGUGACGAUUAUUCCUGUCCGUACUCUGGAGGGAACCUGUGUGGAGGUGCUGGAAAGGGAACCUGUAAGUGUGGUGUAUGUGAGUGUAACUCUGGUUGGUCCGGUCCUGAUUGUGCUUGCUCCAGAGCCAACGACUCUUGUUUAACUACCAAUGGACAGACAACCACCAUCUGUAAUGGCCAAGGAACAUGUCAGUGCAACAAGUGUGUGUGUGAUCCUACGUCAGCCUUCAGAGGACCAAAGUGUAUGGAUUGUAAGACCUGUCAGGAGGUAUGUCAGAAGAACAAGGCAUGUGUCCAGUGUGUUGUCCAUGAAACCGGACUCAAGAAUAAGGAGGAAUGUGACCGAGACUGUCGUACCCCAGGCUACAUCACAAAAGUCCCAGAACUAGAUGGUGAGAAGAACAGCUGUGAAUUCAAAGAUGAAGAUGACUGUAUUUUCUUCUUCUCCUAUGACUACGGGCCAAACAAUGAGCUGAUGAUCAAAGCACAGGAAACGAAAGAAUGUCCUAAACAGGUCAAUGUACUAGCUAUUGUGCUGGGCGUGAUUGGAGGAAUCGUCGCUGUAGGCCUGGCUAUCUUGUUAGUAUGGAAGCUUGUUACUACCAUCAGUGACAAGAGAGAGCUAGCUCGUUUUGAGAAGGAGACACAAGAUGCUAAGUGGGACACCGGAGAGAACCCUAUCUACAGACAAGCUACUUCAACAUUCAAGAAUCCAACGUACGCUGGAAAAUAGAAAAGCGAGUCAACAAACCUAUGUGCUGAAAAUUUUGUCAAUUCCAAAUCUUGAAGUAUUUCAUAUACAUUGAAGCAAGAAAUAGCGAGAGAAUAAGACAAGAUAGAGUUUUUGGAUGAGGGAGAGAAAGAAAGCAAGGAGAGGUUGUCAUUUAGAGAAGACCAAAAGCUGGAGAGGAUGAGAGUGUGAGAGAAAACAAUUGAGAAGAGACCAACAAAUCUGAAACUUGAUAGAUCUUUGGUUGUAAAUAACAAUACUCAAGUGAAUGUGUGUCUGAUACAUUAGAGAACCUUCUUUCUCAACUGACUGGGCGAUAUAGAGAAUUUGUCUAACUGGAUAUUCAGUUUUUUAAUACAUGUAUUGAUACCAACACUUGGGAUUCUCCACUGGUAUAUAUGUGAUGACAGAAACAGGGGUUUUACACAGAAAGACUGUUAAAGUUCCUUUAACAGAUUCACAAACAAGCCAUUUCUGUGUUUCUGAUAGGCUUAAGUUUGUACUAGUGUUAGCGUUUUAUAAAUGAAACAGAAUAUUUUGAAAUGAUUAGGUAUGUGUGUGUGGAAAUAGUUGUAAUCUAUGUUAUUUUAAUGGAACUUGAAAGGUUGAGAUGUUACAUCAGGUUUUUUGUGGCCGCUAUGAAUUCCCUACCUUCCGGUUUUGUGAAAAAUUGUUGAUGCAUCAGUUUUAGUAUGUUAGACCUACACAGGAGAACAAUGAAUGAGUUCUCAUUUAUUUAACUACAUAAUUGGAUACCUGUGUAUCCUAUCACAAAAAUUUAAAGAUGUUUGGGUGGAGUUCUGGUAGUGGUUGUAACUCUAUAAGUAUGAAUCCUACAUCCCUCCUGACUGUCCGUGUAGGAGUGAUGUAAGAUAGUAAGAUCAUUUGAUAUUUUUUACCCUGUUUUGGUUCUCUUUUUGUCAGAAGUUGUUUAGGAAAGGCUUGUAACUCCCCCUUCUUCAGUUAUAUACUAAUAACUUGUAUCUGUGGAGAUACAGUACUAAUAUUACAACAUUUUGUACAAAAUUUACAUGACUUUGUAAAAAUUAUGUUUAUUCAAUUUGUUUUAGGCACAAAUUUUUCUAUCUCUUUAAACGUUUUUGGUAUAAAUUUUUGAAACUUUGUGGUAGGAAUGGAGAUUUACAUAUUUAAUGACUUUCAUGUAAAACUAAGAGUUCAUUGUUAUGUCAUCCAAGAUGAACAGUCAUUGUUAGAUCUGCUGAUAUUGUUUUAUUGUCUAUUUUCAUCUUUGUAAUAAUCAUGAAUUUAAUAGUUUUAAAGAUUGUUUUUGUCAAGAGAAAGUGCCAUCAUGUCUGUAAAUUUAUGUUUAUUGUGAGUGACACAUGAUUUUUAAAGUUGACUUGGCAGAGAACACCUCGUGGAGUGAAGGUUUUUUGCUAGAGAUUGUAGAAUGGUCGUGCCUUCGGUUUGAUACAUCACAAAGAGAAGUAUGUUUUAUAGGAUUAGAAAUAUUAUGAAAUAAUGACGAGAUUCCAAAUGUGUUUCUGUUGCUCUCACUGCAUGUAGGAAGGCAAAGCUGUGUUAACUAUUUGUAGAGAGGUGGGUUGUGGUUGUAAAGAGGCAGGGCUGUAGUGCAGAGAGGCAGGGCUUUAGUGUAUAGAGGCGGAGUUGUGGUAUAGAGAGGUGGGUUAUGGUGUCAAGAGGCCGGUUUUAGUGAAAAGGGAUGGGGCUGUAGUGUAGAGAGGCAGGGUUGUGGUAUAAAGAGAUGGGGCUAUAGUGUAGAGAGGCAGGGUUGUGGUGUAAAGAGGUGGGGCUGUAGUGUAGAGAGGCAGGGUUGUGGUAUAAAGAGAUGGGGCUAUAGUGUAGAGAGGCAGGGUUGUGGUGUAAAGAGGUGGGGCUGUAGUGUAGAGAGGCAGGGUUGUGGUGAAAAGAAGUGGGGCUGUAGUGUAGAGGGGCAGGGUUGUGGUGAAAAGAGGCGGGGCUGUAGUGUAGAGAGGCAGGAUGGUGGUGUAUAGAGGCAAGGCUGUAGUGUACAGAGGCAAAUUUGUGGUGUAGAGGCAGAGCUGUCUUGUAGAAAGGCAAAGUUGUGUUGUAGAGAUACUUUAUCAGCUGUGUAGACAGACAGUAAAUUCAGAUUGAAUAUGUCAACUUAUCUUUAGGAUUUCCGUUUCUUUUUAUUUUGAAAGUCACGAGAAAAUAUACAAAGUAGGAGAUUGUAUAUAUAAUAAUUAUGUAAACAGUAACUGUACAUAAAAAGAAUAUAGUAUACCAAUGUAAGCUUUAUGUAUAUAUAUAUACAUACAAACAUGAUUUAAGUUAUAAUUUGUGUAUGUGUAUCUCAUCAUCAUUGUAGAUUUUAACACUGGGAUCUCAGGUAGACAGAUAGGAACAAUUGUUGAUAUUAAAAAAAUUCUAUAAAAGUCAAGAAUUCUAUUGGACAAGAAGGAGAAUGAUUCCUUUGAAACAAAUUUUGAGAUAAUUCAUUGUAAUUCAAUUUGUUCCUUAAGUUAAACAACCUACAACAAAGCCAGUCAACAUGUUAUUAACCCAUUGAGCAAGUAUGCAUUGUAAAACAGUUUUCUAUUUUUAAACUUAGCCAGAAUGAUGAUAAAUCUUUGUUACUGUUUAUUGAGUUUUUUCAUGAUAGAUUAACCUGUAGUGUAAAUUAGUUUAGAACUUUAUGGAUGUUUCUCACUGAUUAUGUAAAAUACAUUUUGUUGUCAAGCUGAUUGAAGGAGCUGUUUACCGCGGAUUGUGUGUGUUAUAUUUGUUACCAUAGAGAUACAGUUGUAAGCUCUCCCACUUGUUACAAACCACAAAACUACAAACAAAGCAUUACUCCACUCUCAUUGGCAACUGUAUGCUGACAAUCCUUGGUCAUAACUUGUUCCCUUUUUCUUGUUGCUGGUGGAAAAUUUUUUACUUUAUAUUGAUACUGAAAUUUACUCGGAACUAGGACCAUUUGUACUUUAGUUUCUGAUAGAACUAGGACAAAAUUAACUUUAGUUUCUGAUAGAACUAGGCCAAGCUUUACUCUAGUUUCUGAUAAAACUAGGACAAGAUGUUCUGUAAUUUCUGAUAGAACUAGGACAAACUUUACUCUAGUUUCUGAUAGACCUAGGCCAAGCUUUACUCUAGUUUCUAAUAAAACUAGGACAAGAUGUUCUGUAAUUUCUGAUAGAACUAGGACAAACUUUACUCUAGUUUCUGAUAGAACUAGGCCAAGCUUUACUCUAGUUUCUGAUAAAACUAGGACACGAUGUUCUAUAUUUUUAGAUAACAUUAAAUCCAGAUAUACAUCAUGUAAAGAGACAUAGCAGAAUAGUUAAUGUUCUGUAAGUUUCAUUCACUUUGGAAUUUUACCACUUCCAUUUGAUGAAAUUUGACCAAAACAGUUUCCUGGAAACGGUUGUUUUACCCACCAGGACUUAACAAAUAAAGAGGACUGAGAGAAGACUUCAAAAAUAGCCUAAAAUAAAGAGUUUGAAAGACCUCUGAUCUAAACCUGAAACAGUAUUAGUGUUUUGAAAAUCAAUCCAACACAGUAUAUCACCCUGAGAAUUGCUUGUGUCAAUAUGUACAAAUCAAAUAGAAGUGCAAAGAAUUUGGAUUUUUUAAUUUCUAAUUACAAUCAGCUAAGACAACACAAAAGUUUGACUUUACUGAGGCUGCAUCACAUCAAGUGAAGAUCAAUAUGUUUAGUUCAUUGUCAAAGUUUACACAAUCCCAUCAAUGUAUAGUAGAGUUUUUAUGUUAUUGUAUUUUGUUAAAGUGUAUUUGUAUAUUCAUAUAUUAUUGUUUUAAGAUCAUACAGAACAGAAGUUGUAUUUUCACUGCCGUCCGCUUAACACUUUGCUGUCAUUAUAACGCUUUCAUCGGCAGUUUCUAUCAUGCAUUUCAUUGAAACAUUUUCAAUUAACGGAUCAUAUUUGUGUGUGUGUGGUUUUAUUUUAUUUUCUUUUUUACUGUAUGUACAUUUUGAAGCAUUAAAGUGAUUAUCUUUUUGAAUCCUGUAUCUUGUAAAGUACAUCCCAUUGGAGGAUUAAACAUUGACGGGGGGAGGGAGAACAAAAUUGGAGGGUGUAUGGUCCCCUCCCAGGAUCAAUCACAAACUUCUUUAUUGGUGAUGUUUAUUUUCUUAAAGAUAUUAUUCAAAACUUUUUUGAUAAAGAUAAUAUGCUCAGUUUCUAUUCAAAGUUUGUAGACUCCUUUUUUAGAACAACAGACAGAAUUUCUUCUCCAGUGUCACACUUGACACUGUUAGCCAAAGAAUCUUGUAUGGUGCUCUUCAUUUAUAUGGACAAAUUAUGAUUUAAUUAUUUUAAUUUUAUUGUCAAUAAUCAUUUUUAAAAUAUUCUUAAAUAGAUAUAUUGUGUAAUUAUCAUAUUCUUUGUCAACAUAUGCAUUUUCAUACUUUGUUAUGCCAAAUAAAUGUAUUAACAAACCUAAAA